UUUUUUUCCUAAACCAUAAAAAGAAAUUCUCUCUACUCUCCCAAAGGUUUUUGCUCCUCACCCUCUUCCAAUAGUUAGAUGUCACCUAUCAUUCUAUUGGAAUUCUUGAGAAUAACAAGGUUAUUCUCGUGGUCGUGUUCAAGAUUGUUCAAGGAGACAUUCGUGUUCAAGAUCGUUGUAGGAGUCGUUCGUUGGAAUAUCAAGAGGAUCAUUUUAGAAGCUUGGGAAUCUAUAAAGGUGUUGCUUGGAAAGGAGAAGAUAAGCUUGCUUGGGUUUUUUGGAUUUAAUUUUGAGAUAAGGGUAAGAACUUGCCGACGAAUGACAAGCGGAGUUCGUGAUCGAGCCACUGGGAUCAGUCAAUGCUUUCGCUCAUGCUUUCAGGAUUUAUAUUUUUUAAAAUUUCUAGUCUUGAUGUUUGAACUUGAAGUUUUGGUAUUUGUGCUUUUAAACUUUUUAUGAGAAUUUUCUAGUUUUGAUUUAUGGUUUUAAGGGUACCCUGUUAAAUGACUUUUCA